AUGCCCAGUGACGAAGUAGCUUUAUUAAAUGAUGGUCGAUAUAAAAGUUUUAUUGCAACAUUAGAAAAAGUUCUUAAACAAUUUGAAUAUUCAUCGGAAUGGGCUGAUCUGAUAACAAAUCUAGUCAAAGUUAAAAAAGCCAUUGAAAGUUAUCCAAAAUUUCAAUCAAUACCAAAACGUAUAACUCUAUCCAAACGUCUUGCACAAUGUCUUCAUCCAGCAUUACCAUCUGGUGUCCAUUUAAAAACUCUUGAAGUCUAUGAAACAAUAUUUCGAAUGAUUGGUAAACGUAAUUUACAACGAGAUAUCAUCCUAUAUUCAUGUGGAUUAUUUCCAUUAUUACCAGCAGCAGCAUUACCUGUUAAACCUGUUCUAUUAACAUUAUAUGAAACAUAUUUUCUACCAUUAGGUGAAGCAUUGAAUCCAAUAUUAACAGGUUUUUUUCUUGGAUUAUUUCCUGCAUUAGAAGAAGGUGCAGAUUAUUAUGAUAGAAUACAUGCAUUACUUGAUAAUCUUUCAAAUCGAAUUGAUAAAUUUUAUUUUUAUACUUGUAUAUGGUCAGCUAUACAUUUAGUUGCAGCCGCACGUCAUUCAGCAUUAACAUUUACAUUGAAUCAUUUUGAUAAAAGAAAAAGUAUGGAAGAUCAACUUUAUCUAAUGGGUUCAUCUGUUGAAACAAUGGUAUCUGCUGUAUGUACAUGUCUUCAAGAUCGUGAACAACCAUUAGUACAACGUUCCAUACUUGAUUUUCUUCUUGUUUGUUUACCAAUGCAUAAUAAACAAUUAACAAAAAUUGAUAUGAUGAAAAUUAUAACUGUUUCAUUACAUAUAUUAUUAAAACGUGAUAUGUCAUUAAAUCGACGUAUAUAUGCAUGGUUUCUUGGUACUGAACAAACUCCGACUGAUAAUACAAGUCAACAACAACAACAACAGACAAAUGAAAUACAUUCAUCAACAACAUCAUUAGCGGUAACAAAUGAUCCAUUUGAUUCAUCAUCCUAUUUUAUUCAAUAUACACAAGAAAAUUUAAUUCAAUCAUUAUUACAUGCAUUAGAAACAAUUUCUUUAAAUACAAUAUCAAUAAUAAAAUCAUUACCAACAACACCAAAUGAAAAUAAUAAUUCAUUAACAAGUAUUUCAGAAUCAAUGCCAUCAACAUGGACAUUAACAAAAUUAAUUCGAGUAUUGAUUAUUAUCGAAAGUACACAUGAAAUCGAACGUCUUCUUCGUCAUAUGGUACGUAAAGUUGAAAAACAAAUCUAUAAACUAAAUAAUGAGAAUAAGAAACUUGAUACAACAAUAACACCAGCGACAACAACAACAAUAUUAACAAAAACAAUGUUACAGUCAAUGAAUCAUUUGGAAAAAUCAAUAACAUUAUAUAAAAUAUUUUUUCAUCGUUUCAUAAUAACAUUUUUAAUUGACAUGAAUCAAAUAUCUAUGAAUGAAAAAUUUCAAAAUAUUUAUUCAAUUACACAAAAGAAAACAAAUGAAAAUAUUCGUGCACUUUUUAAUCAUUAUCAUCAACAAAAUGAACUUCAAUUGAAAUUAAAUGAAAAUGUUGAUCAUUAUAAACGUGCAUUUGAUGAUUGUUGUAAAUUACUCAUUGAAUUUUGUUGUUUUCCAAGACAAUCAUCUAUAACUGAUCAAUCAAAAUUAUCAAAAGGUAAAACUGAAUUUGAUGAUUGGUCUAUUGAUUUAUGUGUAUUGUCUGUUUGUGAAAGUGGACAUUUCUAUAUUCAAACAACAGCUAUAUCUGUCUUGAUUGAAUUACUUGGUUAUACAUUAUAUCUUUGUAAUACAAAAUCUUCUAAUACUUCAAAUGAAAUAUUAAUUGGAACAAGUUUAAAUUUACCUGAUAACAUAUCAAUAAUUCCAUCAUUUAAUCAAGAACAAGUUUCAUUACUUAUUAAUGAAACACUUUUUUUCCAACAUAUAACUGCUUAUUUAUGGGAACAUUUAAGUGAUAAAUAUGAACGACAAUAUAAUUUAAAAUCAGCACGUAUAUUAUCAAUGCUUCAUUCAAUGUUACCAAAUUGUGAUUGUGAAGAUUUAAUAUGUAAUCAAUUAUCAUCAACACAUACUCAUCAAUAUGAAAAUGAAUUUAUUAUUAUUGAUGCUUAUAAACGUUUUUUUAAAUUAUGGAAUUCAACACGUGAUAUAUCAAUUGUUACAUAUGGACAUGUAAAUAAAACAUUUGAACGUUGUUUACUUAUUGUUAUAGGUAUUCUUAAUGAAUCAAAUAAUCAUUGUUUAAAAUCAAUUGUACAGCAAUGGACAUGUGAUUGUUUUAUUCAUAGAGAUAUGUACAGAAUAUUUGAUAUAAUACUUAUAAUAUUAUUAAGUCCAGAUACAGCACGUAUUAGUAUACAAAAACUUCAUCCAAUAGUUCAUAAAGAAUAUUUUUCUAAUCGACAAAUAAAUUCAAAUGAUCAAAUAGCAAUGAAUACAAAUUAUCAAGCACAAGAAAGUAUAAUUAGUACUGAUACAGAUGAUAUGAGUGUUGGAGACAUAAAUGAAAUAACAUUUUCGGUAUUAAUUGACGAUGAUGGUGGUGGUGGUGGAGAAGAUGAAGUUGAUAAUGAUGAUGAUGACGAUGAUGAUGGAGAUUAUGAUGAUGAUGAUGGUGGUGAACAAGAAGAAAGUGAUGAAGAAAAACGAAUAUGUGCUAUAAGUUGUACUGAUACAGGUGAAGUUGUUUAUCAUUUAAAACAAUCAUCACCUCAACCAAUGAAAUCUAAUACAAUAAAACCUCCAACAACAUUAAGUCUUUCACAACCAAGUCUUUCAAAUAGUCGAUCUGUAUCACCAAUAACAACAACAUCUUCAUUAUCAAAAUCAGUUAAACGACGUGCACCAACAAUGCCAACAGUUUUUAGUCGAAAUAAUAGUGGAAUAGAAUCGAAUAGUACAAAAAGUAGUAAUAAUAAUAUACAACGAAUGUAUACAUCACUUCAUGAAGAAACAUCAAAUGAAACUGAUUCUUUAACUGAUACACAACUAAUAAAUACAACAAUAAAUUCAACAAUCAAUAAUAAUACUCGUCGUCCACAUUCAGUGGGUCCUAUUCCACAUGCUGUUACACUUGAUGGUAUAUCUGAUCCAUCUAUAAGUCCAUUGAAAUCUUUAAAUGAAUCUGAAACAAUCCCAAUGAAUAAUAAUUCAACAAAAAAAUCUGAUUUAAUUGAUCGUUCACGUAAAAUUGAUAUACAUCUUGCUUAUUUUCUAUUAUAUAGUCAACCCUAUGAUUAUAAUCGUGUUACAUUUGCAUUAAAUAUAAUUGAAAGUUUAAUUGAUUUAAUCCCACAACAAUUAAUUCAUACAUUAUUAAUAACAACAAAUCAACAAUCAUCACCAAUAAAUAUGCAUAAUACUCGUUUACAUGAACUAUCAUUAAGACAUCGUCGUGCAAUAGAAGGAAAAAAUUUCUAUUCCUAUGUUGAUAAUUUAUUAAAUAAUCAACAUCAAUCUUAUUUAUAUACAUUAAUAAAUAUUCUAUUAAUUUAUACACGUAGUUAUUAUUCGAAAUCAUUUGAACAUCGUUUAAAUGUACAUGAUAUGCAAGGAAAUCGUAAAGUACAUAUACGUUCAUUAACAUUAUUAAAACGUAUUUGUCAUGAUAUAUCAUAUAUAUGUAUGGAAAAUAUUCAUACAAAUUUACAAUUAAUUAAUUAUAUAUAUGAUUUAUUUCAAAAAUUAUCAUUUCAAAAAACAAUUCUACAUUUAUUUAAUACGAUUAUUGAAAAAAUUAAUCAUAAAACACGUUUAAUUAAAAGUAAAACAUUAACAAAGACUAUAUAUGAUUAUAAUAUUGAACCAAUAUAUAAUGAAUUAACACGACAAUAUUUAAGAGAAUUAGUUGAAUUAUUAGAAGAAAUUAUUUUAUUAGAAAAUAUUCUUCAAUAUUAUCAACAUCGUGCUGAUUUAAAUUCAAAUCAAACACCAAUACAAACAUUUGCAUCGAAUAUUCUUGCAUCAAUAACAUCAAAUAAUAUUAAUUUAAAAACAACUGAAUAUUCAAAUUUAUCAUUGUUUCAAUUUCGUCAUAGUUCAGAUAUUGAUUUUAUUAAUUUAAUAACGAAAAAUACACAAAUGAAUUCAACAACAAAUCCAUUACGUUAUAUUGAUAAUCAACCAAUUGUCAAUCAAAGUCUUUUUCUUUCAUCAAUAUUACAAUAUUUAAAACAAAUUGAUUUCAUUGAAAAUCAUCGUCAUAUUAUAAGUUUAGUUGUUCGAAUUUUACCACAUUGUGGUUCAUCAUUAAAAUCAAUAAGUAGUUUAGUUAUUGAACAAAUUUGUCGAAAUUUAUGUUUUGUUGUUCAAACACAUAAUCAACAACAACAACAACAACAAGGAAAUAAAAUUAGAUUCAAACAAUUACCUUAUUUCGAUGUCAUGGAAUAUAUUGUUCAUUUAAUUGAACGUCUUUCAUAUAUAUGUAAUUAUUGUAUUCUCGGUAAUGCUCUUGGUUAUGAACAAUUUUCAACACAAACACUUAGUCCGCAACAUUGGAUGAAAACUAUUACAAUUAAUGAACGUGAUUUAUCUGAUGCACGUCAAUCGAUUCUUAAUCAACUUCCAUCUAUACUUUCAAGUAUUCUAUUUAUUUGGAAAACAAUAUCAGAACAAUUCUUAUUUGAUAAUACAAUUGAUCAAUCUAUUCUAACAACAUUACCAAUUCAUUCAUCAACAAAUCAUCUUUGGCCAGUUUAUAAUGUUAGACAAAUUCGUCAAACAAUUCUUAAUUUUCUUUCAACAUUAACGAAAUCCAAUGGUGUUUCAUUUAUUAGUGCUGUUGCACAAUGUUGGGGUGAACGUAAACGUCAAUUACGUACACAACAAAAAGUUCCACCUACGCAAUCAACAGUUGAUACAUUAUCACGAACAACAAUAUUAACAAUGCCAAGAGAUAAUCUCGGUGAAACACAAGCUUUAAUUGAUAUUGUUAUGAAUAUAAAUGGAUAUACAAUUAAUGAUAUGAUACCAAAUAUGAAUGAACUUAUACGUAAUCAAUUAACAGCAAGAGACAAGAAAAAACAAAAUUAUGAUGUAUGGUGUCUUCAAUUUCUCUUAGCUUAUCUUCAACAUGAAAAAUGUGCAUCUAUUGAUUGUUGGCCAACAUUAGCAUUUAUGUUUAAAGAAUGUUUAGCCCAAUCAAUAUCACCACCAGCAACAUUUUUAAUGAUAAGAAUUUUAAGUUUCUAUAUCAAACAAUCAUCAUCGCUUGUAGAAAGAAGAGAUUUAAAAGACUUACAAGAUAUAACAAUGCGAGUACUUGAUAAUUGUAAUACUAUAGUUGCUUCAUCACUUGAACAAACAACAUGGUUAAGAAAGAAUUUACAAGUACGUGUUGCACAACCAGAUAAUCAAUCAACUAAAAGUGGAUCAACUAGUAAUCAAACUACACCACUAGGUACUAAUUCAUCAAAUGGACCUGAAACGAUUCCUGGUGAUGAUCCUGCAGAUUUUGAUGGUGUAACACAAGCAAUAAAUACAUCAGAUCUAACAAUCAAUGGCAAUUAUAGUUUUCUUGCAUUAUCUGUACUUGCUGAACAUGCUGCAACUUUACUGGAUAUUGUUUAUAAUCGAACUGAUGAAAAAGAUCGUGUUGUAAUACCAUUUCUACAAAAUCUUGUAACAAAUGUUAUGCCAUAUGUUCGUACACAUGUUUCAUCAAAUGCUCCAUCAUAUCGUUCAGCGUCAGCUUUACUUAUGAAUAUAUCUCAAUAUUCUUAUACACGUAAAGCAUGGAAAAAAGAAGCAUUUGAACAAUUAUUUGAUGUUGCAUUUUUUCAACUUGAUAUUAUUGCAUUACGUUCAUGGAAAAUAAUUGUUGAUAAUAUGAUAACAAAUGAAAGACCAACAUCAUUUCGUGAUGUUAUGACAAAAAUUAAUACUGUACAAACCGGUUUAUUUGUAUCAAAAGAACAUGAAUAUGAACAACGUGCAAUGCUUGUUAAACGUUUUGCAUUUGUUAUAUAUGCAUCAGAAAAAGAUCAAUAUAAUCGACAAUUACCUGAAAUACUUGAACGUAUUGCUGAUUUACUUAAAUUACCACAAGCACCAAUAUUACAUACGCAAAUGUUUUUAUUUUUACGUGUAUUAUUAUUAAGAAUCUCAACGAAAAAUUUACUUUCAUUAUGGCCUAUACUUAUGGCGGAACUUAUACAAGUUUUAUUACAACUUGAACAAGAUCUUUCAUCUGAUCUUGAAGGUGAAACAAAAUCUCAUGUUCAACGAAUGGUAACUAAUGAUUUAGCUACAACAAAUGUUACAAGUUCAAAUCCUGCAUUAAAAAUGUAUUUAUACGCAUGUAAAUUACUCGAUGUUUUAUUAGCAAUGCCUUAUUCUGAAUUACAUCAUUUUCAACUUUUCCGUUCUGCAUUUGUUACUGAUGAAGAUACUAAUGAUCGUAAACCUCCAAUGGAUACAUUUAUUGCAUUUUCAAUACGUUUAUGUAAACUUCUCGAGAGAAAAUUACAAACAAUACCAGCAUCGAUGCGUGAUCGUCUUCCUGUAAUAAAAACUUCAACACGUCCAUUACUUCGUUUACGUACAAUAACAAAUAUUAUUGAAUUAUAUCCAUUUUUUAAUUGUUUAACACGUAUGCAUACAUAUGAUCAUCAUCAUUAUCAACAUUCAUUACCCACUCAUACAAAUACAUUCAAUAAACAAAUCUCAUUAUCUAAAACAAAAGAUUCAUCAAAAAAGAAAAGUAAAUCUCUUAUACAUACAUCAUCAUAUAGAAAAUCUGAAUCUUCAACAAUGAAUUCCAUAAAAGAAGAAACAAUGAGUGAAAUUGAAACAAGUGUACUUGAAGAUUUUGUUGAAUCAUGGAUAUAG